CAUUGACUACAGGGAAUGCAUGGAGUAAAGAUCACUGCAGACUGUCAGCAGCUCUUCUGUAACAGUCUUGUGAUUAUGGAUCGCUGGAAAGGCAGGGUUGCUCUUGUCACUGGUGCUUCAGUGGGAAUCGGAGCUGCAAUCGCAAAGUCUCUUGUGCAGCAUGGCAUGAAGGUGGUCGGAUGUGCCAGAAAUGUGAAGCAAAUUGAGAAAUUGGCAGCAGAAUGUGUCAGUGGUGGAUUCAGUGGCACUCUGUUCCCAUAUAAAUGUGAUCUGUCUGUAGAAGACGAAGUGUUAUCCAUGUUCUCCUGGAUCAAAGUUCAACAUCAGGGCAUUGACGUGUGCAUUAAUAAUGCUGGUUUGGCUCUUCCAGAGCCUCUGUUGAGUGGCAAAACCAGUGGCUGGAGGACUAUGAUGGAUGUGAAUGUCUUUGGCCUGUCACUGUGCACCCGUGAGGCUUACCAGUCCAUGAAAGAAAGAAAUAUUGAUGAUGGCCAUAUCAUUAAUAUUAAUGGUAUGUGUGGACAUCGCGUCCUCCACAAUGCCGAUCUACACUUCUACACUGCCAGCAAAUAUGCCGUGACUGCUCUGACUGAAGGUCUGCGACAAGAGUUACGCCAGGCCAAAACCCACAUACGUGCCACAUCUAUAAGUCCUGGUUUAGUGGAGACGGAGUUAACCUACCGGCUCUUUAGUCAAAACCCAGAAAAGGCUGCCGCUACUUAUAAAAGUAUGAAGUGUCUGCAAGCAGAUGACAUAGCGAACGCAGUGGUGUAUGUCCUCAGUGCAAAUCCUCAUGUUCAAAUUGGUGACAUUCAGAUGAGACCAGUGGAGCAGUUGACAUAAACUGAGCAGAUAAACAUGAUCAAGUGCCAGUAUCAAGGAUCAACGUCCACAGAUGAUCACAGACGUGUGCAAUAUAAUCAAAUGCUAUUAUGUGAAUCAUUGUCAAGUCACUACAUUUUUUUUAAAUGCAUUUUGUAAAAACACAAAACACUGUCUCAUCAUGAUGUUUGAUUUAUUUUAACUGAAAUUAUUUGGGAAAAUAUGAUAGCUUUAAUGAUUACAUUAAUGUGAUAAAUACUUUAGGUGCUUUUCUAAUAGCUCUUUCUGUUUUUUAUUUUGUUUUGUUUUUUUUGUUUUUGUUUUUUUGUUGUUGUAAUAAACUGAACUGUAAGCAUGUAAUAUCAAGGAUAUAAUAAAGUCUAUUUA